CGUCCAACAUCAGCGAUUGCUCUACGUCCGUCAAGCAAUAUGUCUGGACCCAACGCCGUAGCCGGUCCUAGCAAGCCGAAGGGAGCAUUCGGAGGGAUCGCGACCAUCGGGAUCCAUUCCGACACGAUCGACAAGAGCAAUCCAAGGGGGAUUCCUUAUGCCCCCUUUGUGACCAACGUGGACGACUUUGUAGGCGGUCAAGAUGCUGGAGUCGAAGGCAUCAUGGGGUCUUUCAAGGAGAUGACGUCCAAAUACCAAUACAUGGAGGUCAGCUUGCAAACCCGCCGAAAGGGGAUCGAGAGCAAGAUCCCUGAUAUCGCCGAGACGUUGAAGGUGGUCAAGUUUUUGGAAGCUAGACGAUGCAAAAGUCUGGGAACACAACCUACGGUCGUCCCGAAGGACUCGGACGAAUCAGACGAAGAGCAGGACGACGAGGAUGCACUUUCAGACGAACCGGAAUCCGAGGACGAAGAUGAUCUCCUCGCAGAAGCCAACGAGCUGGAAGCUUCGGACGAACAACUCGAGAGCGGCAAGGUCCCCGGGCAAAAGGCUUUGAAGACGCUCUACGAGUUGAACGAUACGUUGUUUGCCGAGGCCGAGGUCGAGGAGAAUGGGCAGGUCGGGUUGUGGUUGGGUGCCAACACGAUGCUCAUGUACCCGCUCAGAGAAGCCGUCGUCCUCCUCUCUGAGAAACUUUCGACGGCGAAGAAGAACCUGAAUAAUAUCAAAGAGGACUUGGAGUUUUUGCGAGAACAGGUGACUGUCAUGGAGGUCAACUUUGCUAGGGUACAUAACUGGGACGUCAAACGACGACGACUACAAAAAGAGGGAGAUCAGGGGAAGAAGGGGGAACACGUCAAGUCGCUCAAGGACCAAGAUUAGACGAGACGAGUGGGAGAGCGAGGAGCAGAGCACUAGCAGAAGAUGUGGUAGUGCACUAUGCUGGCGGAACGGUAUUACCGGAAAAGCAUACAUCAGAAGGCUGUGUAUACGGUAACCAAAUUUGUCAUAUGUGAAUCAUCGCAUUGUACGCAACGAUCAAUUACUGGCUCAUCGAUGAGAAACUGAGCUGCAUUGGGAAUACGGCUAUGGCUACACCAUCCUCAAAUGACAGCAUAUCGACAGCUGGAUGUUUAAGCCAGGGUUUUGUGCAUGUACCUCCCCUUGUUCUUACAGACCAUAACGAUGAUACAUGAGAGGA